UGUGUCGGAAGCCACCUCUGUGACUGAGAGAAAGGCCUCGCCAAGUGACUUGCUUGUCAAUAGGAAGACAAGGAAAACACGUGGGGAUCAAAGUAUUGUACGACAAGAUCCUAAUUAUUAGUUUGUCGGCUCGUCGGUUCGUCAACCCCAACGAUGAGAGCCACAUUUUGGUUCUCCUUGGAACCGCUUCAGCUGCGGCUGCCCGAAUCUCCUGCUCCGAACUUCUUCCCCUCCGCCCCAUUCCCUUUCCUUCCCCUCGUAAUCACCCCCGAGAAGAGCAAGCAGCAAGUGGAACUGCUUUCUGGUGGCUCUCGAAAUUGCGCGAGCGUACCAUGCAUUUUCAGGCAGGGACGCCAGCCUGAAUCGCUGUUGGUUCUGGCCGCUCUCGCUCGGCAUGUAUUGUACAUGUCGUGGUUCGACUGCCUGGGCCAUGAUGUCUCACGCUCCCCGACACUCCGGUCUGGGUCUCCACCUGAAAAACAACAUCCCGUAAGACCGAGCGGGAGCUUGCAUCUAGUUCUCGGUCCUGGCAAUCAAACUUAAUCGGCUGCGUGCAGCUAACAGAAUGUUCGGCCA